UCGAUAAGUGAUUUGUUUUUUCAGUUGCAGACAUGAAGGAUUUGCUGCAACACUUGAUCGUCAAUUACAGAUGGCUGUUUGUACUCGUUCUGUUACCAAUUUCUGUUGUUUACAAAGUGUUUCUCUUUGUCAGAAAUUGGAUUGCGUUCCACUAUCGAGACUCUAAGAAAAGUCACGAAGAAAACGUCAGAUAUGUUCAGAAACAGAUACUGGAAUGGAAUAAAUCAGGUAGGAAAAAGCAGCUUUGCACUAAUCGUCCCGGAUGGAUGACCAUAAGUUUUUAUCAACCCAAGUAUAAGGCGACGAUGCACAGAAUUGACGUGGACCUAAAGAACAUCCUUGGCAUAGAUAUAGAGAAACGGGUGGUCCGAUUAGAGCCAAUGGUCACCAUGGGGCAGAUCACAUCGCAUUUGUUACCUCUAGGAUGGACUCUGGCUGUGGUGCCAGAAUUGGACGAUCUGACAAUAGGAGGGUUGGUUAUGGGAACUGGCAUCGAAACUUCUUCGCAUCGUUACGGUUUGUUUCAGCAGAUAUGUAACGAAUACGAAAUGGUCCUGGCAGAUGGAAGCGUCAUCCGAUGCAGUGCGGAAGAGAACAAAGAUCUGUUUCAUGCCAUUCCAUGGUCUCACGGAACUUUAGGGUUUCUUGUUUCGGUGGAAGUUCAGAUCGUCCCAGCAAAAAAAUACGUGAGAGUUCAUUACAAAUCCACAUUUUCCACUGAGGAACUAAUCAACAGGCUGAGAUUUGAAACUAUGCGCAAAGAUGCAAGCGAAUUUGUGGAGUGUCUAAUGUUUGAUAAGGAACGAAGUGUUGUCAUGAGUGCAGACAUGACAGAUAUUGUUGAAAAAGAAAAGAUUAACAAAAUAGGAAAAUGGUACAAACCGUGGUUUUAUAAACACGUGGAAACAUACUUACGAAAAACAGACAAUAUUGAAUUUAUACCUCUUGUCGAUUAUUAUCACAGACAUUCUAAAAGUUUGUUUUGGGUAAUUCAGCACAUAAUACCAUUUGGAAAUCACUUCCUUUUCCGCUGGCUCCUCGGCUGGACUCUUCCGAUCAAAAUUUCACUUUUGAAAUUGACGGAGGCUGAAUUGCUACAUGAUUUAUACGAGCAGAACCACGUUUUUCAAGAUAUGCUUGUUCCUUUGGACACUCUUCACCAAAGUAUCAAAUUUUUUGAUGAAACAGUUAAAAUUUAUCCAUUAUGGAUAUGCCCUGCAUUGUUAGCACCAAAUUUGGGAUUCGUUCAUCCGGAUGGAGAUUCUGCAAAGAUGUACGUCGACAUCGGCGUAUUUGGAGAACCCCAGGUUUCUUACCAGGCUAAAACUACUACGCGCAAAUUAGAGGAAUAUGUCAGAAGCAUUAAAGGUUUUCAGCUACUGUACGCUGCAACAUAUAUGAACAGGGAUGAGUUUAGAAGAAUGUUUGAUCAUACUCUUUAUGAUAAAGUCAGAAAGCAGUUAAACUGCAACGAAGCAUUUCCAGAAGUUUACGACAAAGUGAGACGAAGCGCCCGAAAAUAAUUCCAAGAUCUUCUGUAAACAAUCGAACAUCGAAGAUAUUAAAUCUUGAUUAAUUAUAUGGCUGUAUUUAUGCAACAAACUUCAUUUACACCAGGAAAACAAUGUUUUAAGAUACGAUAUUUUGUGUCUUAAAACAUGUUCUCCAUGUUCCCACUAAGGUAUAGAACGAGACACUGUUCUGUGUCCUGCAAUCACAUCUGGGUGAAUAAAGUUUAUCACAGGUACAAUUAUACCAUUUCACAGAUGAACUACGGGAAGCAUGGUAGUUAGUUACGCUUCUUUCGGGAAAGUCUUGUUAACGGCACAAUCGUAUUUGCGGCAAACUUCACUCGGAACUAGAAAGGGAUGUCCUGUAAUUGUACUUCAUGCAAACGAAGUUUGUUGCAAGUACAGCUGUACAAUUUCCCAAAUGGCAUUCAAUGGAUGUCCCUGUUUGUUUUUUUAGCACAAUAAAACAAACAGACAAAU